CCCUAAUAUGCAUAUGUACUAAAUAAUUUGCGGCUACACUGUUUAAAAUACUAAAAUAUGUAUGCUUACUAGUCAUGCUCACACCUAGACGGAAAUGAACAUAUGAAUAGUAUCUGUGUGUGUAAUUAGUGCCUCCGUGCUAACAACGUUCUCUGUGCAUCGCUGGUGUCUGCGACAAAUCUUUCUCUGUUGUGCUCGCUUACUGAAAUAAGUUAAGUCAGUCGGUAGGUUGCUGUCGCUACGCGAAAUACAAGUUCCACUUAAAGUACGCGGACUGAUACCAAACUUGAGAUAAGCAAAAUAUGUACAUACAUAUAUAACAAAAAAGCGAUUUCAAAACAAACAUAAAUAAAUUAAUGCGAUAUGUACGUAUGUACAUGCGUUCGUACAUACAAGGUACAUUUAUUAUAAAAAGUGCAAGUUUGUGAUGGAAAAGUGCUGAAAAGUGUGAUUCCAUAAAUGUUAUGCAAAAAGUAUUGAAUAAAAUAUAAUACUUACUUACCUACAUUUGGAUGUGUUUAGGUAGUCUUGUACACCUAUAGAUAUAGAGGUAUGUAAAUAGAAACAAAUUUAAAGAAAACAAAUAUCACUCAUACGCCAAGAUGGUCAACGUUGAUUGCCAAUCGAGACGCAGCACCAAAAUUUCAGUGAUUAUUUUGGGUGGUGCGCUAUGCACGGUCAUGAUGGCUUAUUUUGUUUUCGGCGAUAACAAUGAUGAGCAGGGUUUAAGAAAUCUACGCAUGAUUUCAAUUGUUUUUCGGCAUGGUGAGAAGACGCCAAGUUCGUUUUAUCCCACUGAUCCGCAUGCCUUGCAUGACUGGCCCGGUGGUCUGGGUGCAUUAACACAGAAAGGCAGUCAACAGGCUUAUAACUUGGGUAAAAAUUUGCGCAUGCGUUACUAUCGCUUAUUGCCGCCCAACGGUGUCUACACGCAGCAGCAGGUACACGCACUAAGCUCAGCAGCCGAACGUUGUGUUAUGAGCGCGCAAAGCGUUUUGGCAGGAUUUAUGCCCCCUCUGGACCACAACAAUGUAUUACCAAUUGCAUGGCAACCAGCAGCUGUGAACAUAAUUCCACGCAGUGAAGAUACGCUCUUGGCACAGAAGAAGCCAUGCCUGAAAUAUGACACAAUUCUGCAAAAGUUAUAUAAAAAUCCAUCACCCGACGUACGGCAGCUUAACGAAGAAAAUGCGGACUUAUUUAAAUUGCUUUCGAAACACUCGGGCAAGAAUAUUUCUACUCUAAUUGAUGUCGAAAUGCUUUAUACCACAUUGAAAGUGGAAGCAGAGGCAGGACUGGUGCUACCUGAUUGGACUGAAAAUAUCUAUCCUGAUAGACUGGAAGCUUUAGCCGCACGCAGCUACUCACUGUACACUGAAUCAAAUCUAAUGAAAAAGGUGAAAGGCGGUGCUUUCUUAGCCGAGAUAAUUAAAAAGAUGGAAAACAAGCGAAGGAAAAAUUUAAAUCCCGAUCGUAAAAUAUUUCUGUAUGCUGGGCAUGACAUUACACUCGUAAAUAUUAUGAAUACUUUAAAUAUUAUGGAUCAGACAGAAACACUACCGAGUUAUGCUUCGGCAUUAUCAUUCGAACUGCAUCAUAGCUCAUUAUAUAAGGAUGAUUUCGAAGUGAAG